GGAACCUGGGAAAUAAAACAGUUUCCAGAAUGAAUAGGUUACCCACUAGUACCAACAACAGAUGACUUGCCAUUCCCUUGACAAAGAUGUCGUCGGCUGCUGAAAAUGGGGAUGCAGCACCUGCCAAACAAAAUGAAGAGAAAACCUACAAAAAGACUGCAUCAUCGGCUAUUAAAGGCGCUAUCCAGCUGGGAAUAGGCUACACGGUGGGGAACCUCACCUCCAAGCCAGAACGAGACGUUCUGAUGCAAGACUUCUAUGUGGUGGAAAGUGUAUUCCUCCCCAGUGAAGGGAGCAAUCUGACCCCAGCACAUCACUACCCAGACUUCAGAUUCAAGACAUAUGCUCCGCUAGCAUUCCGGUACUUCAGAGAACUUUUUGGUAUCAAGCCUGACGAUUACUUGUACUCCAUCUGCAGUGAACCUCUCAUAGAGCUCUCCAACCCCGGAGCCAGUGGCUCCUUGUUUUUCGUCACCAGUGAUGAUGAGUUUAUCAUUAAGACUGUCCAGCAUAAAGAAGCAGAGUUCCUUCAAAAGCUACUACCGGGCUACUACAUGAAUUUAAACCAGAAUCCAAGGACUCUUUUGCCUAAAUUCUAUGGGCUGUACUGCAUGCAGUCCGGAGGCAUCAACAUACGGAUUGUGGUGAUGAACAACGUCUUGCCGAGGGCUCUAAGGAUGCACUUUACAUAUGACUUGAAAGGUUCAACUUAUAAACGAAGGGCCUCCCGAAAAGAGAGGGAGAAAUCCAACCCCACGUUUAAGGACCUGGAUUUCUUGCAGGAUAUGCACGAAGGGUUGUACUUCGACACAGAAACGUACAACGCACUCAUGAAAACACUUCAGAGAGACUGUCGGGUGCUAGAAAGCUUCAAGAUCAUGGACUACAGCCUUUUGCUAGGAAUCCAUGUCUUGGACCAUUCUCUUAAAGACAAAGAAGAGGAACCUACCCAAAACAUGCCUGAUGCAAAGCGCCCCGGGGUGCAGAAAGUGCUCUACUCAACAGCCAUGGAAUCUAUUCAGGGUCCAGGGAAAUCUGGAGAUGGGAUCAUAACAGAGAACCCAGACACGAUGGGAGGCAUUCCCGCUAAAAGCCAUAAGGGAGAAAAACUACUUUUAUUCAUGGGCAUUAUUGACAUUCUACAAUCAUAUAGGUUAAUGAAGAAGCUAGAACAUUCCUGGAAAGCUCUUGUUUAUGAUGGGGACACUGUUUCGGUUCAUAGACCAAGUUUCUAUGCAGACCGAUUUCUAAAGUUUAUGAAUUCCAGAGUUUUCAAGAAAAUUCAAGCUUUGAAGGCUUCCCCUUCUAAGAAACGAUGCAAUUCAAUUGCCGCCUUAAAGGCAACCUCCCAGGAGAUUGUGUCUUCCCUCAGCCAAGAAUGGAAGGAUGAGAAGCGCGAUUUGCUGACCGAAGGACAGAGCUUUAGCAGCCUUGAUGAAGAAGCUCUAGGAUCCCGACAUAGGCCAGACCUGGUACCUAGGACUCCAUCACUGUUCGAAGCUGCUUCCUUAGCAACCACAAUUUCAUCAUCUUCUUUAUAUGUCACCGAGCACUGUCCACACGACAGGUCCACGCUUUAUUCCAACAGUAAAGGAUUACCUUCCAGUUCAACUUUUACCCUGGAGGAAGGGACCAUCUACUUGACUGCUGAGCCAAAUGCUCUGGAAAUGCAGGACGAUAAUGCCUCUGUGCUGGAUGUCUAUUUAGACAUCGGUCAUGGCUUCAGGGCCUACCCUAGUGCAUGUGAUCCCGUCUGACCUGAUUGCAUUUGCAGUAAGCACGCCGAUCAGACACAAAUGCAGUUGUAAGAAGGAAGUCUGUCCAUUCCAGAAUUCUCCACAGGAACUUGGCUGAAUCCUGAUACACACAGAGGAAAAAGCAACUAGACGUCAGAGUCUGCGCCAUGUUGAGGAAGCCCUGGUCCACAGGCCCAGUUGUGAAUGGGAUGUAAAAACACCACACUAUUCUAUCACUUGCUGUUGCUUGCUGACUUCCAAGAGCUGCAUGAACUUUAUUGACCUGCUUUCUAGACCAUUGCCAAUCACCUUCUGGAAGUGUUAUUUUCCUAUGGACACUUGCACACUUUCAUUUCGCAUGUAUCCCGUGAUUGCACAUAAGCAGCCUAUGAAACCAACCUGCUUUGAUAUUUUUUUAAAUCCAUCCAGACAACAUGAGAAAGUAUAAAUUAUCUCUCUUUUGUUUUGCAAAAUUAGAAUCAUAGCCCACGUCAUUAAAAGUUUAAAUUGAUUUCUUUGAAGAUCAGAGUCGUAGCUCCGCCUCUACUUUAUAGAAAACCAGCUUCUUCUUAUAAAGGCUUUUCACCGUUUACCAGUGAAAUGAGAAGAGCAAAGCUAUUUAUAAAAGGCCUUACAUCGUGUACAUAUGUUGUCUUUGAAAUAUUUGUGAUCUAGUUUAUUGCUUGUAAAAGAGAAAUUAUAUAAUUUAUUUAGUAAAUACAGCUGUAAACUAUAGUUUUAUUGAAGGAAAUAAAAUAUUUUGUUCUCACUUGUG